CGAGUAGAUUGGGCCAGCGACUAGUACAGCUACUUUUCAUGAACAAGAGAAAAACAACGUCGAAAGAGUAUUGAAAAAAGGAAAUUUGAAACUUCGUCGAAAAGAUAUUUUGUGAAAAAAAAAAACCGCACAUGAUCGAGAGCAGUAUGUUGUGGAAAAAAUAGCAACACCAUAGAGCAAUAUCAGUUGAAAGACUGAAAUAUAACGUGAUAUCCGGCGUCACUCUAACUUCAAGUUCUUUCUCUAAUUGGAAUAACAGCAUUCUUUUCACCAAGGAACCGAUGUAUAUUUGACACCACAUCCUCAUGCCCAACAUCCUACUCAUGCCCGCCGCUACCCUUCCAGCAGAAAAUCCGCUUCAUCCAGCUCCAGACCAGCGAGCCCUUGAGUCAGAUUCUUCAGACUCUUCAGUUACCAGCGUAGUAAAGACCGUCGCAAUAAAGAAGAAAUGACCGUCUCAGCAAGUCCUGCAGGCCCGUCUGAAGCUUUGCCAGCGUCUUGGUUCCAAGUUCUCGCGAUUUUCGUGCUAUUAGCUGGCUUCGUCUCUUGCCAGUGCUAUAUUCUCUGGUACGCAAACGAGCACGAUAGGAAGAACGAGGCUCGACGAUUACGUAGCUACGGAGGUGAGAGUGCGAGACCAUUGUAGGAGAACAAGAACGAAAACGACUAUCAACACGAGAAUACAAGAAGACAAAGACCUGACUAAAUUCCACUAGAACUAGCUGCACCCGAAAUUGUCAUUAAGAAAGAAGAUCUCCAUCUCCUCUCAUCUCCUCGUUCUAGUGGAAUUGCACCAUCUCCUCUCCAUCUCCUCGUGUUGAACUUCGCCUCGUCCUACGAAAUUGUCAUCAAAGAAGCUCUCCAUCUCCUCGUGUUGAACACGGUCUCCUCGUGUUGAACACGGUCUCCUCGUGUUGAACACGGUCUCCUCGUGUUGAACAUCAAAGAAGAUCUCCUCCUCCUACGGACGACAACAACUACAUCUCCUCCAUCAUGCCAGACGGUGGAUCAUCCGUCGCGGGCACCACUCCUGUCCUCUGCCAGGAUGAGGAGGUCGAUCGCGGUCCCAGAGUCGCGAAGAGGACGUGGGCUGCUACCUCACACUUCGGGCCAGUGGUGAAGCAAUGCUUAGACCAAGUCCUCUCAUACCAGCCCGAAGACUGUCUUUCCGCGAUCACCAAAGAGCUAGCGGCUUUUUCGUCUACCUCCUUGCGACAAUGGGAGGAUUUUGAACCAGCUGGUACAACUUCUGAGGUACAACCGUCUUCUACUAGUGCCGAGAGCGAGGGUGAAGAGCAACAGCCACCGGCUCUGGCUGAAGACUUUGCGAAGAUACGACCAGUGAUUUCUAUACGGGGAUAUCCAGUCGUGGCAGAAGACCCUUUAGAGUUGCCCUUUGCAGAAUGUCCCAAGAUACCAGAGGCACCUGCUGAAGAAGCGGAACCUCCUGGAGAUGCUGGUGCAGAAGAUGAUGAUUACGGCUUAAGAAGACUAGUCAAGAAUAGGAUGGCGCAACUUUCCACCGGACCUUCAUGCUUGUUUCUGUUGCAGCUACUACUGCUUAGUUUAUUCAUAUCAUGAAAAAUGAUUCACUUUACUUUUUCGUUGAAGUAUCUGGUACUUGAUCGGGAAUUUUUAUAACACAUUUUUUUUAGUAUGGUCAUGAUCUCCCCUGCUCUUCUUCUUCUAAUCCCGAGGCCCCUCAGUCGAGAAGAUGCUUGGGCCGAUGGUGGAAAUCGGUGUUGCAAAAGAAGCACCUGAAGGAUUUGGCGGAGGUGGUUUUUCAGCCUUCACCAAGACAUCUGCGACCAGUUUUGCAGGAGGUCGAUCCGUUGCGGGGAUGUUGACUUCGAAAGGAAUGACUGCGACAUCUUCAUUUAAGACUUGUUUUGGUUCAGUUCUUUCUUAAGGAGUUGUAUCGAAAACAGGAGGAGCCUUAAUAUGUCAAGAUGAACAUGCUCAACAUUUGAGUCUAGUAAGUACUAACUUGUAGUACUCCACCUAAUAGUAGUACUCCAUCCUCCUGCAGUCCUGCUCUAAUCUGACUGCCUCUGCCUUCUCCGCCCAGCUUCAGCAACAACCUGUCUCUGUCCCUCUCAAGGAUCUCGAUGAAGCAAAAGUGACAGCACGUUUUCGGCAAAACUGUGCACAAGUUCUGAUCCAGAUCGUGGAAAGCUUAGGCCAUCUCGAAUGCGACUCUACUUCGCAGACUGAUGACAUUCUCAGCGAAAUCGCGGACCUAGAGGCAGAACGGGUUGCAGGAGUAAUAGAGACGACAGGAAAAGCGAUAGAAGAUUUGAAGCGAGCAUUGAGGACGGGAAAGCCGGCUGCUGGAUCUGCGGAUCCGGAUGCGGGUAGUGCAGGUGCGUCGAGUCCAGAACACAGUGCAGCAGAACAAAGUGCAGGUGAACAAUCUCCUCGAGGUAGCGACGCCUCACAGGAUCAGGAAGAGCCGUUUGAUGCCAGCAAUGCGUUUGCCGAUGCCGUUCCGGUAUUCACUAGGGACGAACUGAAGAAACUAGAAUGGACAUUGCUCGAAUUAGCUAGAAAAUAUGCGGACCAAAGCGGAUAUCCAGCAACGGAUGUAUUGCGAAAAGAAGGCGUUCGCGUAAAUGCUUUGAGACCAGUAGCAGCAAAAGCUUUGCCGUUUCUGUCCAUUCCUCCGUCUACAACCUUCGCAGGUGGAGCAUCCUCGCUACAGCAACCAUUAUCGUCUGCUUCAUCUAGUUCCGCAACCUAUUUUUCCGGUGUGGCGUCUUCUUCUUGUGCAUCUACGGAGAUCGAUUUGGCCACGACUGUAGCCGGAGCAGACUGCAACACAGGAAUACCACAUGGCGGGGCAGCAAUGGCAGGCAUGCCAAGGAGUCCUUCUAGAGCGGCCAGUAGUAAAGGAGGCACCAAUACGGGAGAUUUCUCACCCGCUCAUAGCAUGAGGAGUCCUGGCGGACGCAGCACCACUACAGCCAGAAGUCCAGGAGGUAGAAGUCCAGGGGGAGCAUCCUCACCUGGCGGAGGUUCCAAAACUGGAGGUGCUAACAAGCCAGUUAAGUGUAGGCUAAAGAUGCUUUUGUUACCGUUUGUUAUGGCUUCCCUAAGGGGAAGAGCCAUAGCAAGCGGGAUAAUCGAACACCAAAAACCUACCUGCUCUAUCUCCGUCGCUUUAGAGGAGUGGGCCGAAUGGCGACAUUUGAACACUUUGACGACCGUGUUCAAGUACGACCAGACGAACACCAAAAACCUACCUCUAAGCCAGGACCCGGCGGCUUCGAAUCCGACGCUAGGCUCUUUCCUCCACCACAGUUUCAUAGAGACCCUUCAAACCCGAGGGCUAAACAAGAGGAACAGUUUGCGAAAGAGGCGGCGGAGCAACGUAGGAAGAUAGAGGAAGCGAACGUGCUCAACGUGAAGGGAAGCUUGUGCGAAAAGGAUUUUUGGGUAUGGUUGGAAUAGUAGAAGGACAUCAGUAUCAAGUUGAAGAACCACAACAAUAGACUACAGACUGUAGUGCAAGAUGAACAUGCUUGUUAAAUAAUUUUGAUUUUGUUCUACAAAAAAAUAAAGGAUAAGAAACCACGAAGAUUCACAUAAUUCACUCCUGCUCUUCUAACCCACCAAAUCAAAGUCGCCAUGAGUGUCCUUGUUCCUGGAGCACAACUCCCACUAGCAAAUGCCAGUGGCAUCGUUUCUGACGAGAGCAGACCCCAAAGUUCUGCGGCGCCCCACUCAGCGGUACAAAGUUACCCCUCCUCCGCAGGUGGUUCAGCUUCCUCAUUGAGCAUUCCUUUUGUGCCACGAUUACUCGAAUCUCAGAUGCACGACAAACGCAGUCUAGAGACGCAGUUGAGUUGGUGGCGCCAACAAGGCUAUCCUUUGCUGGGUCGGACGACUUUGAUGUCCGCAGCUGUUGAAGGUAGCGUGAUUUUGCCGGAGUCAGCGUCGAUAGGGAUUGCUCUUUCUCCGUGGACAGCAAGCUUUGGUCCACUAGCGCCAGAAUGCCGACAGGCAGGUGUCGGAAGCGCCUACAGCUCAAGCAAGAGACUUCUCCCACCAUUGAACGCUUUCGACUUGACUUUGCGACAUUUGGCGAUGUUCAAGGUGGAACUCGCGAAACAAUUGGGUGUGGAAGUAUCAGCAGACGAUUCGAACUCUGUAGAUCAUGAGCAGCCAUUACCUCUACCAGGAGAGACACUCGCAGAAGGUGUCGAGGCAGUGAUGAUUAAGGCUAGAAGAAAUCCAUCUUCACAGGCAUCCUGAGACCGUUUUCAAGGGGAGAAAGGUCCUCGGAUGCGUCUCAAGAUGGAUUUCUCUUAGUUCUAAGAUGAAGACCAUCAAAGCGAUGUUUCCGGGUUUGCCGGGAGGACGCCAAAGAGGUGCGAAACAAGUCCUAGAUCCUGAGAGCGAGAGCGGAGAAAGCAGUGCGGGGGAGAGCAAGUCGGUAAUACUAAUAUUUAAUGACCACUUAUAGUGGUGAACUCAUCUCGUAGAAGCACCCGCUUAUAAUAUCAUCGCAUGAAGAUAGUGCAAUUUUGAGUUUCGAACAAGUAGAUGGAAACUCAAGAUAUGCGAGCUACUUCUGACUGAAAUAAGAGAGGCUUGACUACAUUCCUCUUCUUUCAGUAUCUCCCUUAUUUUCAAUAGUUACUCGGUUAUUUCAGUUUUUCGAAUAGAUGAAGUUGAAGAUCAUUACUACGCAGGAAAAAUUGUAAAACCAACACACAGCAUGUACAUAAUUAUCCUCUCCCACUUCUCCUCAACCAACACCAGCAUCAACAGCAACACCUCCAUACAAACACAGGACCUCCCCGCCCUCUCCCAAAUCGGAGCUGUGUUGCGCUAUGAAGUCGAAGACAACGCAGUGACCUACGACGCGGACAGCCUCCCCUAUGGAUCCCAUCAUUUGUUCGAGAUCAUAGUAUCUCCAGGAUUUGACGAGUCCACGAUGACUACUAGGGAAAUAGAAAACGUGGAAGAUCCAGAGAAGGUGGUCGUAGAACCGCCAAAACCAACGCCUGCAGAGGGCGAAGAAGAACCCCAAGAGGACGAAGAAGUGAUCGCUGCAAGAGCGGCUGCGAAAGAGCUGCAUUUGAAUUAAGGCCAGUAUAGCGGUUGGUCUGGAUCGCCACCAAUUAUCUAUGCCAAACAGGUAAGUAAGUACUAUUCUUAUCACCAAACAGGUAACUAAGUACAAGUACUAUUCUUAAAUCACCAAACAGGUAACUAAGUACAAGUACUAUUCUUAAAUCACCAAACAGGUAACUAAGUACAAGUACUAUUCUUAAAUCACCAAACAGGUAACUAAGUACAAGUACUAUUCUUAAAUCACCAAACAGGUAACUGAGUGUGAGUACAAGUACUAUUCUUAAAUCACCAAACAGGUAACUAAGUACAAGUACUAAAUUCUCAUCAUCAAGUGCCCUUAAGGCAGUCCGCCGGUAUCCACGCGGAAAAUACGCAGGUAGGUUCUGAUUUAUCGGAACUCGCUCGCACUACAAAAAAAAAAGCGAGAUUAGUUGUAUUGUAUUGUAUUGUAUUGUAUAAUCAUAUUCCGGUCCUCUCGUCUAAUCCGCGAGAUGGGCAGAAAGAAAGGGCGUUUUGCAGUAUGCGGAGAACAUGUCUUUGGUAGACCAGAAGUCGGAACGAUGGUUGAUACCGGCAUUCUACGUAAAGAGGAAUCCAGAAGUUGCUGCUUGGAUUGAAAGGUAAAGCUGUAGUUCCUGGCUCUUGAUUUCAAAUUAAUAUGGUGCCCUUCUUCGGGAGUGAAGCACGGUAUUAAAUAGUCCCAUCGACAGUUUCGGAAUACUGCUCAAGACGAAACUCCAUUCCUGGUUCUUGAUUUCGCAUCUGCUCAACUUGUUCUUUCGAAAACUCGCUGCUUUGCGUACGACUCUUAGGUACAACUUAGUACAUCACGACUACUAGAAGUAGUACAGUGACUCCUGUGACAAGAAGGACGAGAGGACGAGCAAGAAAAGACCACGACAAUUAGGAGGCCCCACGACCACAAACCACCACCAAACUCACAGUUUCGGUUCCUCAACCUCUCGUCCGGAUUCUGCCAACCUUUCAUCCAGUAAUGCAGAGCCCCCUGGUGUGGAGAUUCCGCCGAUGCCUGAGCACUUCACAGCCACUCUUGGCGAGGUCAAGGAAAGCCUCGAUGCUUUGAUUGAGUCCGCAACUGGUGGUAAUAUGGAGACACUUGGCUUGCCUGAGAGUGCUGUUGGUAUUGUGCUUGUCAAGCCCUUGCCGGCGAAUCAUUCUGGUUGUCUAGACGUGCUGAAGACGGGUUUUAAAGGAGCUAGCUUCGUGGUGAAUGAUCCAAGUGGUACUGGGAACACGUUGCAUCAUGGGGAGUACAGUUUGACACUAGCGGAAGGACCUGCUUAUGCGUUGACCGAAGCUAGGAAUUUAGCGGAGAAGGGAUGGGAAUCGGCACUGUUGAACUUUGGGGAAGAAUGCUUUUCGAUGUACUACUACAGCACACUUGUUUUCUUGAUGAGGUGUUUCCCAAAUGCUUUUUUUUGCUGUAGUUUGUGAUUCAUAAUUUAGCACUUUCUUUCUCGACCCUCUCUUUGUUCGCACAAUCGAUUCUCAGUCACCUAAAAAAUCUCGUCCAGCGCCCCCUCCUCCGCGUUCGGUUUCGCCUUCGCGUUCCCGCGAUCCACAAGGAUAUGGACCUUCCCUUCCGCUCCAUCGGAAAGCACCGAGUUCGGACGACUCAUCACAAGACUAUUCAUCCAAUUUGCAGAAACUUUAAACACGAAUCCUGGUGCCCAAGCCUUUCAACCUGGAAACAAUGAGUGCUUGACUCUUCCCGAGUUCGAGGAUGCGCUUUGCAGAAUGGAUGUGUUUGCAAACACGUUAGCUGCGUACGAUCAACUAACCGGGAACGCUGAGGCGGAGAAAGCAGGAUUAAGGGCUGCAAUAAAUUGAACUAAGUAGACGACCUAAGAGCUCUUAUCUUCUAUGCUAUGAGCUUUUCUUUUCAAGGGGGAAAGAGAUACAGCGUAUCUGCUAUGAGCUUUUCAAGGGGGAAAGAGCUACUAGAACAAGAUAUAAUGCGACCUAGAUCGGACAGUUUGCGACCGCUAACAAGAGGGUCCGAUAUGGAGACGAAAAGCAUGGCUAGCGGAAAGUCUGGAAAGUCGGGUGCAUCGAAAGGAGCAUCAAACGCAGGCUCUGGAAGUGACAUGAGAGAGCAAGUUAGUCGCUAUAGUCUCACGAAAGAUGGCAUGUUCAAAGCAGGAUUGCCGUUUAUCUCUAGUCUUUUGUUUCCAUACUUGGAUCCGGAGAAAUGCGGACAUGUGACAAAGAAGAACUUCAUGUACAUGGGGGCUCACAAUGGCUACGCUUCGCUGAAGCAGUGUAAGGACAUUUUGACCACGCUGUGUGAGAAGGAGACGGAUUAUGGAAGACGACCUAUUACUUAGAGUAUGAAUCGCUCGUCAUUUCUUGUCAUGACUCAUUAUCAUUACUUCUACGAAUAGGAAAGAUAAAGAACAAGAACAAAAGGUGAUGCAACUUUUAUUGUGAUUUUGGAUUGAUGUGAGACUCAAGCAGCAAGAACACUGCCCCUCCUGCUCUAACGGUCCGUCUCCCAGAAGUGGCAGAUUGUCUCAGACGCCGUCUGGAGUAUCCAAGUCGAAACUGGAGAGUCACAGGAGGUCCAAACGUAUCUACCGAUGGCCGACUUCAUUGAGAGGAUGGAGAAUCUGCCCGCUGGAAAGGUCAAGAGGACUAGGGAUAUGUUGGAGAAGGUACAUGAUCCGAGAAUAAACUUUCGGCCUUAUCACGACUUCUUGUUUGCAUUAACAGCACGUAGUUGUGAUGUCAAAGUAAGUGGCAUGUUGCUUCUUUCAAGAAAUCAAUGAAAAGAACUUCGAGUUUUCCGGCAUCAGGUCUUCGUCACCCUCAGGUCUUCGUCACCCUGAAUCAACGUCGUCAAGACGGUGUCUAUCCCAUGGACGUGAACCAACUACCCUUCUUCGCUCGUCUUUGGAUAUUUGCGGAGACUGACAGGCUGCGUUCAAUGCUUUUUGCAGAGUAUGGGAGUGUCCUUCGUGCCUUCAGAGCCAUGGAGGAGUUCGCGACCGCAGCUUUGGAGCGGAAAGGUGAGGGGCCACCACAAGUGUAUCCGCCUGGGAGUUUGAAGUUAUGGCUGAGACAACUGUUGUAACUUGAAGUUGUUCUUGACCGUGGAGAUGAUUGAAAUAUGCAAGUAAAACUAAAAGCCCUACUAGUACAUGGGAAUUUCUAUAUAAUCCGGCCACUUGAUGAUCAUUCUUCUACUACUUCUUGCAAUCUGUAUAAUCUACGGAUCUAGAUCUUCUGUUCCAUCUCUAAUCCGAAAAGGCAAGAACAAAGGUAAGGGCGGCUUUUUAGAGGUACUGGCUGGAGCAAAACAAGCAGCCAGCAACCCAGGCUCACCAGGCGGCGACGAAAUGUCGGAAACGAGUCCCUCUCGCGCUGCGACUCCCAAAGCUGGUGCAUCUCCUACAAGUAGAAACGGCACUGCGGCAACCACUGUUAUGGCGCUCGAGAGCAAGUAUCUUUGACGAGGAGCAAGUAUCUUUGACACCCCACUUCUUUUCGCAAGAAACAAAUUCAAAUGAAUUAUUUCAAGCUCUAACACAAGAAGCAAAAGAAGAAAUCAGCAACUCCUAGAGCCCUCAGCAGCUGACAGGAUCCGAGAGUGGGAAGCUAAAGUGACCGCCUUGUAUCCAGGCGUAGUGAAUUACGACGAAUUUGCGAAGUUUGUCAAAUCAAAGUUUGGAGCAGACAAGUUCUCGGAUGAAGCGUUGAAGGGGGUACUAACUUUAUCUUUCUAACUGCAGAAAAGUCUUUUCGGAUCGAGCUUGAAGUCUUUUCGGAUUUCGGGAGAUGAAGCGUUCUUGAAGUAGGGAGCGGUGUAAUUUUCUUCUUGAGCAGUAUAUAUAUUUAUUCGUUGUUUUCAUCCAGUCUGGCAUAAAUGUGAUCGGGAACAAACAAGCAAGUAGAAGUAUAACUAGUUGUAAAAAAAAUGAUUGGAACCGACGUACCUAGUUGACUCUGACACCCUCAUCUUCGACCUCUCAACAGAUCUUCACCGUCCUGGAUCCCGAAUGUCGCGGCCAAAUUUCCUUCGCUGGCAUGCACCUUCUAGACGAUUACUCCAGCUCACUCUUCAUCGAUCAAUGUGACCAACUACGGAAUUUCCUGCGUCGCAAAUAUGGCUCCGGAAAAGACGUUUAUAACGCUCUUAGUGCAGGCGCAGAAGACGUGGAUCGACCAACUUUUGUGGAGAGGAUGGCGAAUUGCGUCAACUCGUUGGAAUUCACGAUGAACCCAGGAUUGCUCUUCACGUGGUUCGAUUGGAGCGAUAUUGACGUACUUAUUUUUUGUUUUCACGUGGUUCGAGGAUUGGAGCGAUAUUGACGCAUAAGAAUUUAAAUGCCAGUACUAGAAGAAUGUUGUGUUUGUGAAGUAGAGUGAUCAUUUUUCAACACCAAUAAUGCAAUAAUGACAGCCACUUAUUGCUCUUAGUUGUCGAAGUAGAUGAAAAACAUAGAUAGAGAUACACUCAUACACAUCAUUCUUUCCGUUCCCACAAGAACCUGACAUGUCCAACAGGCCGUCGUCGAAGCCGACUUAAUGGUCUUCGACCAUCUAGACCUUGAGGUUGCGCGUUGCCUCGCAGGCGAUUCCAGAAAUUGGGAACGACUCGCCGUUUUGCGCGAAGACAUCGCAAGAGCAGCAGUUGUAGACAAGUAUGCGGAUGCGGCCGCUCUGAAAGAUUGGGCUCCGAUGUGGGAUCGCCUCAUAGAAGAGGUUGGGGCAGCGCAGGCGGAGAGAAGAGCAAUGGAACAAGCAGCUGGUACGGGUGGAGGUGCUGGUGGGGAAAUGCAGUAGAUGGACUUGAACUUGUUACGAGAUGAUGGACGACAUUGAAAUUGAAUAAUAAGAAAGUACUAGAGUAAAUCUAAAUCCAAAUAGUACUAACAGUGAAGUAGAUGGCUUUAUUCAGGACAACGAGAACGAACAAAACCACCGGAAGAUACAACAGGUAUGCUUAUCACGCUAAACAGUAUAGAUAUACCGACGACCACAGAUACAGAAGUAGAUGAACUUGUUUAUGUUGUAACGAGAUUUGAGUACGUGCAACGAGAUGAACAUACAGAACUAGUGAACUUUGAGAUUACCGUUUUUCCGAUUACAAAUUGGUAUACCGUUUGCCAAUACAAAUUGAAGUUGAUCACGACUUGACUAGAGAAUAAUAUUCUGGGAAAGUAGAAAGCAUUUGAGUAUGAAGAUAAGGUUAAAAAUAUUAGUAUUUAUAGUAUUAGCAAUUCCCAGAAAUCUCUUAAGGAGCUCCCUUAAGGAGCUUCCUUAAGGCGCUUCCUUAAGGAAAUCAGUUUCCUUAAGGAAUUUUUAUUAUAAAAAGUUAUUAUAACUUUCCUUAAGAGGAAAAAAAUUCCCUUAAGGAGGACCCUUAAGGGCAAGCCGUUAUAAACUUGGGCUAAUAACAGCGGCUCCCUAAGGACCUUGCUAGUACUACGAGUUCAAAAGUGUCAAGAGCGUGCUAACGUGUUCCGUUCGCGGCUGUUAGUUUGUAGGCUACUCACGUACACCAGCCACAUCUGCAGCAAGACACUACGCGCCCACCCCUAGCGAAUCUCCCCAACGAACUUCCAACCGCUACCCUUGUCAUAUAUCGCCCAACGCCUUUACUUUUUUUCAAAAACUUCAGGGAGGUCAUUCAAAUACAGAGAAAACUGAACGACCUCCCUGAAGUUUUUGGAAAAAAGUUAGCUCGCUCCCCUUCCGCGACUACCUUCCGCGCACAGCAAUCGACCACGGCACAGGAGCGCGCGGCAGCCCUUGGAGAUGGUUGACCAGUAUACUUCUAACCAGCACAAAAGCGGGAGAAUUGUAAGGGAGAGGGUGAGCACUUGAAAAGGCAGAGGCUGACGAGCGUGAUCAUAUUGAUUCGCGAGAAGGCCAAGGACAUACAUCGCGGCGCUUCAAAGUCGCAGCCGUUGCGGAUGUCGAUGGCUGUGAGAAUGAUAGCCGUGCGCGCUUGCGUGUCUGAAGGGUGGACCCUGGUGAGCAUCAUCAUAUCCAUGAGAAGGCCAAAGGUGUGCAAGUUUGCGUGUGCAAGUCGAAGCCGCUGAGGAUGUUGAUGUCUGUGAGAAUGAUAGCCGUGAGGACUUGCAUGUCUGAAGGGUGGACCCUGGUGAGCAACAUCAUACCCAUGAGAAGGCCAAAGAUAUACAUCUCUGUGUAUGAAAGUCGAAGCCGUUGAGGAUGUCGAUGUCUGUGAGAAUGAUAGCCGUGAGGACUUGCAUGUCUGAAGGGUGGGCCUUGGUGAGCGUCAUCAUAUCCAUGAGAAGGCCAAAGAUAUACAUCUCUGUGUGUGAAAGUCGAAGCCGUUGAGGAUGUCGAUGUCUGUGAGAAUGAUAGCCGUGAGGACUUGCAUGUCUGAAGGGUGGACCCUGGUGAGCGUCAUCAUAUCCAUGAGAAGGCCAAAGGUAUGCAUCUCUGUGCUUGAAAGUCGAAGCCGUUGAGGAUGUCGAUGUCUGUGAGAAUGAUAGCCGUGAGGACUUGCGUGCUGUCUGAAGGGUGGACCCUGGUGAGCGUCAUCAUAUCCAUGAGAAGGCCAAAGAUGUACAUCUCUGUGUUUGAAAGUCGAAGCCGUUGAGGAUGUCGAUGGCUGUGAGAGUGAUAGCCUUGAGCACUUGCGUGUCUGAAGGGUGGGCCCUGGUGAGCGUCAUCAUAUCCAUGAGAAGGCCAAAGGUAUACAGAUUUGCCUGUGAAAGUCGAAGCCGUUGAAGAAGUCGAUGUCUGUGAGAAAGUAGAUAAGGGUGGACCCUGGCGGGCGUCAUCAAGUCCAUGAGAAGGCCAGGCGCAUGCAUCUCCGUCGGUGAAGGCUGAAGGCUGAGGACGUCGAUGCCUGUGUGUGAGAAUGAUAACUGUGGGCCAUUGCAUGUCUGAGGCGCGGACCGUGGUGGGCGUCUUGCGUCAUGUCCAUGAAGCAGCCAACCUCCUAGACACAUCCCCGCGCCUGAAGGUUGGGGCCCAGCUUCUGGCUCUGCGCAUAGAUAUGCCCAAGCGUGGCUUUCUCAUGGGCCUCGUCCAUGACGCUCGCCAGUGUCAGCCUUUUGCCAUCCCAUGGGUCUGCUAUGCUUUAGGAUUCUCCUGGACAUGAUCACACUCAAAAGGGCCCGACCUCUGUGCCUUGAUAUGUCCAAGCGUGGCCUUCUCAUGGACUCCAUGACGCUCAGCGGGCCAGCCUUGGCGCCCAUUGGCUUGCCCCUAGCAAGCAAGUUGGCCAAGGAAGGCAGUGGCCAUAGCGGUAACCUCCUCACUAGCCUCGCCACAGUGGAGGCCAGCUUCCCAGCCUUGGCGAGCAGACUUGGCGACUUUUUUCGUUUGUCUUUCUGUCUCUUAGUAGUCAACCUGUCUAGUUGUUAACCUAUGCCCAGCGCAGCGGGCCCUUGAUGGGCCCGCUUUCUGGGCAUGUACUUAUAGCGUGUAUGAUCAUGUUGAUCAUGGUGAACAAGUCCACUGCAACAUGGAAACGCUGAAUCUGAAAAUACUUCCUCGGACGACCCCAGCUGCAAGGAGCUUGUACAGAAUCAUUUUCCGUAAUAAGAUCAGCUAAAUGAACAGCAGAAUGAACAAACCAGUGGGAAUUUUUCUCCCAAUAAUGAUGGAUGUCAGACAGGAAACACACUGUGUAAGUACCUGAAUGCUAAUGCUAAAAAAAGUCGUUCUUUCAGCACAGCAAAGAAAUGCUGCUUGAAGUAGAAGAUGCAAUAUUCAAUCUGAAUUGGUUACUUCAAUAUCUGCGAGGAUGCACAAACCUACGACCCUACUCAACG